AUGAGAAUGAGGAUGGAUAUGAGACUGAGGAUGAGAAUGAUGGGGAUGGGAUGGUAAUGGGAUGGGGAUGGGACAGCAAUGGGGAAAGGGAUGUGAUGGGGAUGAAGAUGAGGAUGAUGGGACAGGGAUGGGGAGAAGGAUGUGUUGGGAAUGGAAAUGGGGCUGAGGAUGACAGGGAUUGAACAAGGAUGAGGAAAAGGCUGUGUUGGGUUGGGGAUGGAAAUGAGGCUGAUGAUAGGGGUGGGGGAAAAGAUAUGCUGGGCACAGAAAAAAGCCAAGGACAAGGAUGAAGUUAUGAAUGUGCAUAAGGCUGGCUCAGCUCCAUGUCCCAUCCUGGCUCUGGCCCCACUCCUGUGACAUUGCCAGGUUCGAGGCAGAGCUGGCCAUCCGGCUGUCAGUGGACGGCGACAUCAUGGGGCUGCGCAAGGUCUUGGAUGACACCAACAUGACACGGCUGCAACUUGAGGGGGACAUCGAGGCUCUGCGUGAGGAGCUGAUCCUGCUGCGCAAGGACCAUGACCAGGAAGUGCAGGACCUGCAGGCGCAGGUCUCACAGUCAGCGCUGACAGUGGAGGUGGAUGCACCACGGUCACAGGAUUUAGGGAAGGUCCUGGGGGAGCUGCGGGCUCAGUAUGAUACCCUGGCCCAGAAGAACCUGGAGGACCUGGAGAAGCAGUGGGGGCAGCAGAUCACGGAGACCACCCUGGAGGUGACACAGAGCACAAAGGACCUGGACGCAGCACGAGGCACUGUUGGGGCCCUGCGUCGCUCACUGCAGACCCUUGAGAUCGACCUUGAGGCCCUGCGCAACCAGAAUGCAGGUUUGGAGGCGGCGCUGGCUGAGGCCGAGGCUCGGGCCGGGGCUCACCUGGCGCAGGUGCAGCUCCAGGUGAGCGCGGCCGAGGCAGAGCUGCGGGACGUGAGGGCGCAGCUCCGGCGGCAGAACGAGCAGCACCGCGAGCUGCUUGGCCUCAAGGAUCGGCUUGAAGCUGAGAUCGCAACGUAUCGGCAGCUGCUGGAGGGCAGCGACGGCUUCAGGUGAGCAGGGGGGAACUGGGGAGGG